GCUCGGUGUGAUUGGUCCCGUCAGUCCGCACAAACAGGGGGCCGAGCGCCUUUUUAAAGAGCGCACGUCGUUCAGAAGACAUCGAGCAGGAGAGACGAGGACAGCGGAAGCAUGUCUCGCACCGUGACCCGACUCGUGGUCCUGUCUUCGUUCUGGCUGCUUGGAUGCUGGAGCACAACAGAUGCUUUAAAACCCAGUGGUCAUGUGAUUACCACGACGACCUGUAGAGGAACAUUCAGAGGAGAUCCGUCUCGUUACCCUCUUGUUCACUCAGACGCCGCUCUGUUCCACCGCCGGGGAGACGGGAGGUUUAGAAAGGCGCGAGGAAUCGAAAGUGAAGACCUAAGCGAUGUUUUAUGGCGACACCAGAGCAACGAGCAAAUCCAGAAUGUUUUCAAAAGAUUCCUGUUUCACUACUCUAAAGCUCGCAACUCUGUGGGAGCGCUGCAGCACGAGUCUACAUCUGUUCAUCCCCUGAUGAGACUUUCCCCCAAACUGUCCCAGGGGAGAAAGAGGAAGUUUUUGCUUUUGAGGAUCCGAGGUCUGCCGGAGGGGACGCUGUAGAAGAGAAACACCUUCAAUAAGCAGAGGAGGGUGGGAGGAGUCAAGCAACGGAAGCCCCGCCUCCACAUGCCAAUCAACGGGACCGAAAGACACAAAAUAAAACACUCAUCAUUAACUCUUAAGGACGUUUAGGUCACCAGAAGAAAUGAAAGGAGAAAUGUUUGUGGCAAAGAGGAGAACUCACAUUUAUUCCCAGAUUUAAAUGUACAUUUUGUGACAUAAAUAUCAUGAAACGUAAUAAAAAAAGUUACAGUUU